AUGGAACGAUUGAGGAAAAACACCUUCACGACCACGUAUCCACGCUACAGAUCCCGCAGAAUGGAGACACUUAACGGCCUCUCAUGGGCGCGUGACGCACUGGAAGUAACCGCUGGUGAGGAGGAGGCUUCGGGGUCGCUGAUGAAGAUGAGCAUCCCGUACAUGUUCAAGGUGUCGUGGAGUCAUCGAGUUCUUUUUGACGGUCUGCAAUGUGGCACUUUUGCUUUGCGAUGA